AUGUCCAAUUUACAAAGGCUUCAUUACUUUGAAAAUAAUACAUCAUGGAGUUUGGAAAAUUUUCUACAAUGGAGUACAUUUUAUGCUCGCGAUUUUGGAAGUAAAGACGAUGAGCAUCGUAUUUACAAGACGUACUUAGAAAAUAUUUGUAAAGAUCCGAAUCUAAUAAAAUCUCGUGAUAAUGAAACAGUUCGAAAGUUAGCAGAGGAGGCUUUAGAGAAAUUUAGGGAUGAAGUAAAUUCAGUUCAAAUUGAUGACCUUUGGAGAAAGUGUCCAUCCUUCCUAGAAACUUUGAAGAAAGCAAUAGACCUUAAUGCUGAUAAGAUGGCUUCUCGAGUGGCAGUAUUACAUGAUAACUUCAGCGAUACAAUCUUUAAUGUCACCCAAGAUCAAUUACGAUCUGGUUUUGAGCGUAAACGGUCAUAUUUUUUCGACGAAAAGUCACACGAGUUACAACCGAAAAAGACAAAAACUAGUAAUGCUGUUGAAGAGACGAAUGACGAAAACUACAUUAAUUAUGGCAAAAGGUCACCUACAGCAAUGACAAAUUCCGAAUCCAAGGAUCCUAUUUCUGUUUCUGGAAAUAAUGAUCACUCGGACCAACCAACUAGAGAGUCUUCCAUCAAUCUGGAUUUUUCAUUCGGAUCAAUUGAGAGCGCAAAUUAUGAUAUUGGACUUGGAAGUUACGAAGAAGGGACAGAAAUCAAUCCUGAUCUAUCGUUUCAAGAAACUGACGAAGAUUUAACAGUACCAGUAUCAGAACAACCCUUUAGGGAAGAUAUUUGGGGACAAUGGAAAUUAGGCUCUGGCAAAAUUAUUACUGAUCUUUUGGCCAAAUCUGCUAAUAAAAAAGGACAUCCACUCAGACCCGAAGUCUGGGGAAUUGCUCGCUGUGGUUUUAAAAUUGCUAAACCUUCUUGGUGUAGCACUGACGAUUAUGCAGAAAUCCAAAGAUUCACAAGACGUUCAACUAUCUCUAAUAAUGAUUCAGCAAUUCAACAACAAAAUAUAUCAGAAUCGGAUUAUGGUGGCUACAUUAUUCACCCUUCUUUGAAAUGCAUGCUCUCUGGUUUGGAAAAGAUUAAGUCAUGUCGUGAAAGGCGCAGGUGUAAUACCCUUUUUGAGCAAAAAGCGGAUGGAAUUUUUGUAGUACGAUUAAAAAAAUCUUUUGUUGAAGUUGGUCACUUAGAGAUGAGUGGUGGCCAUGGGCAUAGAGAUUUCUCACGAUCAACAUGGGAUGGUUGUUGCAAGUUGCCAAUUGGUAACGCAUACAUGCUGGAAGAGAUCGGAGAACGAUUUCGAGGAGCAUCGUGUGAAACUUUUUCAAAAAUAAAGAAUCGGAUAGAACUUUGGAGAAUGCAUGUCCCGUCCCGUGGUGUUUUACAAUAUGAACGAACUCAUAGAGCAACUGUUCCUAUUUGCUUUGAAGAUGAGCGAAAAUGUAUCUUUGAUUUUGUUGUUGUCUUGUGGGAUCUUAGGUGUUGGUUACUGGAAGUUACUAAUGUCAUUUAUAAACUACGUGAAGAACAUAAUGAUUCGGAUGUGAAUGUGUCCAAUCUUUCUUCUGGUAUUCUUCCACUCCACCCAUUUAUCCCGCAAAAAGAUAAACACAAAAAAGGUAUCACAACCACUUAUGCAAAAAGUGAACCAAAUAGCUCUUUCAUUCGGUCUGGUCAAUGA